AUGGCAGUUGCAGCUUCGGUCGAGGCAGUAAAUUACCUCAAGACUUGGCGAUCAAUCAGGUUGUCAGUUCAAGAGCUCGUCGACUGCAACAUAGAGAACUACGGGUGUAAUGGUGGCGACUACUGCUAUGCUUUCCGCUAUGUAAAGGAAAAUGGGCUCACAACAGAAUCUUCAUACCCAUACAAGGCUCGGCAGGGUAUAUGUCGCAAACUGGAUAAAAAAGUAGAAGGAAGGAUAUCGAACUUCCGCUAUGUCCGCCGAGACGAGGAUGCGUUGGAGAAAGCGGUAGCAAAGCAACCCGUGAUCGUCACUGUGCAAGGUGAUCAUUUGCAGUGGUACAACCGAGGCAUCAUGGACUACAAAUAUGAUAAAAGACUUACCGGCUGGCACGCUGUCUUGGUCGUCGGUUAUGGCACAGACUCCAGAGGUGUCAAGUACUGGCGCAUCAAGAAUUCAUGGGGAAAAAGUUGGGGUGAAGGGGGGUUUGGGAGGAUCCGAAGGUAUGUUGACGAUAAGAGAGGCGCUCUGGGCAUUUUCGUUUAUAGACCAGUAUAUCCUGUGCUUAGGACUUGA